CAGAGAGUUGUAGGGAUCUCGGAGGAAAUUGAGUUGUCCUUGUUAUGGAGAAAACGGUGCUGCCUCGUCGGCCUUUUGAGAUUCCCCGAGAGGAUUAUGACGAGUCUAAGGGCGGUGACUCGACUCAGGGUAGCGGUUCCUGCUCUCCGUCAUUGUCCAGCAGUUCCGAUGACAUUGAACCUGAGUGGUUGGAUAGUGUACAGAAAAAUGGAGAAUUAUUCUACCUAGAACUAACUGAGGAUGAAGAGGAAACCAUCCUUCACAGCGGUUCUCUUGCUAGAUCUAUGAUGAACCAUGUGACAUUUAGUGAAAAUGAAGCUGAGAUUUUUCAUGAGAAAGCUAUAAAAGACAGGAAGAGUGAACAUAGAUUGCAACAAUUUACUAGUUUAUUAAAGAAUAAAGGUCUUCUGAGGCAUUCUGAAAAGAAGAAAGCAAGGAGUAAAAACUGUAUCCAUAAUUAUGGCCCAGCAUCCAUACUGAAAUACCAUUCUUGUCAUAAGAUGGGAGAUGUUGAGCAACAGCUGUACAAAGACAUCUACAUUUAUGUAAAUCCACAGAAAACCUCAAAUGCUACAACAGGGAACCAACCUGAACUUCUAGAAUCCUUAAUAGGAAUUGUCCACCAAUCACCAUGGAGAACAGCUGAAAAAUAUAGUCAUGCUACUGAAUCUAGAAGGACUAAUGAAGAAAAAAUUAUAGUACAUGGUUUGAUCCCUGGAAGCUCAGCAAUAAAAUCUGGACAAAUCUUAAUUGGAGAUGUCCUUGUUGCUGUAAAUGAUGUUGAUGUAAACUCUGAAAAUAUAGAAAGGAUUUUGUCUUGUAUUCCUGGUCCUAUGCAGGUGAAAUUUACAUUUGAAAUAGCAGCAUUUGAACCAACAGGAACAUCUCAGUCAAGGAAUAAACAGACAGAAUCCUCUGAAAGCAACUUGGUGAAGCUGCUGUGGAGAGACCAUAAUAAUGAUCUGCAAUUCUCUCUGCAAAGUAUACCACAUAUUAUAAUGUAUCUCUCACUUAACUUGGAAUCUGAUUCAUCUGAUGAGCAAGAAAUUCUUUACCAAUAUCCCAUGUCAGAAGCAUCUCAAAAAAUAAAAAGUGUAAGAGGAAUAUUUCUCACGCUAUGUGACAUACUGGAAAACUUGACUGGAACACAAAUAAUUAGUUCAUCUAUGUUUUUAUGUGGGAAAUUGAUCCAUGUGGCUUAUUGGAAGAAGGCUGACAAGUUGCUCAUAAUUGGCCUUCCAGCUGAAAGUGUACCUCUCUCUCAGCUAAGGAACAUGAUUACAGAUGUUGUGAGCACAUUGACAUUCAUGUACAGCUCCUUGGAUAGUGCUUUUUGUCAGGCAGGAAAUACUUCUCGAUUGGAUUACUUCUUCAGCCUGUUUUUCCAGCAAGUUCUUCAGCAUACCAACUCCAAUGCCAACCCUGGUUCUCACCACUAUGAUAACAGCUCAUUACUUUUAUACAACUUUCCAGGAGUACGAUGGCUGUUGCUGCCCCCAAAUAUUAAAGUAGAAAUUGAUGCAGCCCUGAGUGACCUGGAGGCAGCAGAAUUUGCAGAAUUGUCUGAAGAUUACUAUGAUGUGAGACGACAGUAUACAUUUUUAGGCUCAUGUCUCUUCUACAAGGGAUAUUUAAUUAGUAGUCACUUGCCGAAGGAGGACCUUAUUGAUAUUGCAUUGUACAGCAGGCAUUAUUGCCUUUUGCCCUUAGCGGCAGAACAACGAAUCGGUCAGUUAGUAAUAUGGAGAGAAGUAUUUCCACAUCAUCAUCUUCAGAGUUCUCAAACUUCAUAUGAGGGAUUCCAAGAACCCAUAGCAAGAUACUUCUUACUCAUUGUUGGCUUGAAGCAUUUUAUACUGAGUGCAUUGCUGGAAGCAGGAGGUUGUUCUUCCAAAGCUAUUGGAAAUCCUGGACCAGAUUACAUAUAUGUUGACCAGGUCAAAUCAAUUAUCCUUCAGCUGGAUGGAAUAGAUCUUAGCAUAGAUGAGAGAUUAGAAACAGCUUCUGCUCCAUUGGUGUGUUGCAUAGAUUGGUUCUUCCCUUCAUCAUAUGACAAAUUGGAGAACUUUUCCAAUUUGUCUGUUCUCAGCAAACUGCAUCAUAUGUCAACUAUCGUACCUUCUCCGGCAAACAAAAAAAUCACUAAAAAGAAGCCUGUUCUUCAAAACCCAUUUACUUUUGGAACCCUGAAAAAGAAUGUCUCAGAUAAGGAAACUGAAUUAUAUAAUGCUAUGAAGUUGACUUCAGGUCCAGAAAAUACCCUCUUUCAUUAUAUUUGUUUAGAAACAAUGCAUGGAAUUUUUAUUACUCCAACACAUGCUGAAGUAGCACAACUCAGUGGAACUAUCCAUCCUCAGCUCAUCAAGAACUUCCAUCGCUGUUGUCUUUCCAUCCGUUCCAUUUUUCAACAAACUAUGCUGAGAGAAAAUAAAAAGUCUGGGGAAAGAUCAAAAUCCCAAAAAGCAAAUUUGGACCUAAAUCAAGUGAAAGAACAUGGUGUAUUGUUUGAGUGUGUUCCUGAUAGCUGUACUGACCAAAAGAAACCCGAUUCCACUAUAAUGUACUGGGUGGUAGG